UUCAAUCGGCUCUGACCAAAGCCGAGAACUGACAAUCUAUUUCCUGCAAUCCAUUCUUUUUCGUCCCCCAAUACUUCUUUCACACUGUACUUGUGGCAAACCAGAUUCUCCAGGCAGCCCCAAACUUCAUCCUACCCAAAUGAUCACGGGCCUUAUACUCUGGGCCCCUAACCAGCUGACAUACGGCGCCCUCGACGCCACAUCGGACAAUUGACGACCUGACAGACCUUGGCAGGACUCCAUCUGGGCGUGAAAGAACCCUCGGGACUCUUUCGCCGCCGCAUAACUAGCUGAACUCAAGCGCCUUGUUUCAUGUUUUGUCGCGUAAUUGGCGUUUGAUUCGACUGUCCAUCAAAAUCUUUCCCUGGACUACCUGUUUGACGUGGAAUCUGUCUUUUAUUGCAAGGACACACCUCAUUCUCAUGGUGAAGUUUGUGCAGGGGAGGUUGGUGCAGCAAAAAGGACGAUGACGAUGACGAUGAUGAGGGUCUCACCACUAUCAAUUCUACAAUGUUGGUUGAUAACCCUCUUUGCCUGGAGGAUAAAUGCUGCCGACAACGUCACGCAACCCAUCUCCAUUUUUCGAUCCAGACCUGAUCUGGUCGCACCAAUUCUCACACCUUUUAUCAGGAUACCGGAAAAGCAGGCCCCCGGGCUGUACUUCUUAGCACCUUACCAGCAAAUUCAGGAAUCCGUACAUAUUUUCGAUAAUGAUUGUAAUUUAGUAUAUACUGGCUUUGGGAGUAUCGGCCCAGGCAUUGCCCAUGCACCACAAACAUGCAUGUACAAAGGAGAAGUCCAUCUAUGUUUCUAUCAAGGCACGCAGAUGGCUGGUUGGGGCCACGGCCAUGGAGUCAUCAUGGACAAGCACUAUCGCGUCGUGAAAUCAGUCGAGCCCGCUAGCUAUCAAGCAUCAUCAGAUAUGCACGAAUUUAGAGUCAUCAACAACGGCACAUCAGCCGUGAUGACUCAAUAUCUGCGCAGCGUCUACGACUUAUGUGCCUGGAAUAUAUGCGAGGGUCUCGGAUACAUCAACGAAGGGGCCUUUCAAGAGGUUGAUGUUGACUCAGGCGAGGUCAUUUUUGAGUGGCGAAGUCUCGAGCACGUCGACCCCUCAGAGAGCUGGGUUCCCCCGGGGACCACCGAGGUCAGUGGAAGUGGCGAACAACCGGACAGUCCCUGGGACUAUUUUCACAUCAACUCGAUCGACAAGAACGACGACGGCGAUUAUUUGAUCUCCGCCCGCCACACAUCCGCGGUGUACAAGAUCUCCGGCAAGGAUGGGCACAUUAUGUGGCGGUUGAACGGGGCCAAGUCGGAUUAUCAUCUCGACGAUUUUUCAUUUUCUUCGCAACACGAUGCGCGGUUUGUUUCAGAUAACGACACGCACACGGUGAUUUCACUGUUCAACAAUGCGUGGAACGGCUUCAAUCGAACGUCAGACUGGUCAGCGGGGCAAAUCAUCAGUGUUGACCACCGGACCAAAAUCGCGACGUGCCUGUUGAACCUCGAAGGUCCUUUCACUGACGGCCACACCCACAUAUCCAGAUCCCAGGGCAAUUUCCAACUUAUACCUGGUGGGAAUAUGCUGAUGGGAUGGGGCAACGACGCGUUCUGGACCGAGUAUGAUAGUGAUGGCGAGGUGGUGUUCUACGGCUACCUGGGGUGGAGUAACUUGAUGAAUUACCGUGUCCACAAGUUCGACAACUGGGUCGGUCUGCCGCUGACCAAGCCAGCCAUGUGGACGUAUUCGAAGGAUGACAAUCACAUGAUGAUGUACGUUUCAUGGAAUGGCGCGACCGAAGUCAGAUCCUGGCGGGUUUACGGGUCGAACUCGAAGAAGGGUCCGUGGGAAGAACUGUCCACCGUGCCGAAGAGUGGGUUCGAAACCGCCUACGCUCAUGACGAAGCGACCUACAAGUUCACAUACGCGGAGGCGCUCGACAAGAGGGGCAAAGUGCUGGGUAGCUCAGCUGUACAGCAAACAUUCACCCCUCCUGUCGCCAUGCUGGAAUACUGCGACGACCUGGCAUGCAAGUUCAUGCCGACCGGUGAAGAGCGCGAGGCCGAGCGCAAGAAAUUCCAGGAAGAGCAAGAGGCGGCCAAGCAGCAGAAGCUUGCAGAGGUUGCAAGGCAGCAGGCUACGAAGAAGAAGCAGAGGAUCUAUGCCGCUACGCUGGGCGCUCUGGGUGUCUCGAUCAUUGUGAUCACGGUUCUGGCCACGAGGAAUUUUGUGUCAAGACCGUUCCACACUGUCGUUCUGCGGGUUUGGAGCACGGUGGUUCCCACCAGCAAAGAAGGACGAAGUGGUCUACCUUUUGGGGUCGGGUACAAGGCUGUACCCGUGGUGGAUGACCAGGAUGGUGAUCGAAUCCCGAUGGUAAGGGAGCCUGCGUGACUCCCAAUGCACCGCCUCAAGAGCAAAGAGCGUCAAGCUUAACCGCCAACUUGUACAGCAAUGUCCUUUCUGC